CCUGUUUAUUGUGACCGUCUCCACCGGCCUGUGGCUGCUCCUCUGAAGCUCUUCCUCUCCUCCACCUCGGUACAGGAUGGAGGACACGGAGACGGAGCUGACGGUGUCGGAGUCGGACGCCCUGGGAGCCGACUUCAUCACAGUGGAGCUGGACACGCAGCCCAUUGAGUACGUGGUGAAGUGGGCCGAGGUCGGCUCCAAGUUCACCAUCUCCUGUGUGAAGAAGGACUCAGACGACCCGUCGGACCUGACUGCCGACCAGCUGAAGAUCGAGACGGACGAGGCCUUCUUCGCUCCGUACGAGGAGGUUUACCCCUGCGAGGUGACGGAGCAGAGCGUGGAGAUAAAGACAGACUCUGACGAGGAUGAGGAAGACACCGAGGAGGAGCACGAGGUGCUGGUGGAGGCAGGGAGCAGCCAGCUGGACGGCGAGGCCGACUCGGACCAGGCUGACUUCGAGCCGGACGAGCGGCAGUACCGCUGCAGCUACUGCGGGAAGUGUUACAGCCACGCCUCCAGCCUGUACCGCCACCAGCAGACGCACACCGGGAAGAGCACCGGGGCGCCGCCGCCCGCCAAACGGGCACUGGAGCCGACGCAUCAGGAUGCACGUUACACCUGCCCCCACUGCGGGAUGAGCUUCAAAGGCAGCAGGAUGCUGGGGAGUCACCUGCGGCUGCACGGGAAGCGGCGGAUCCACCCCUGCAACAUCUGCGGGAAGGAGUUCAACCACAGCUCCAGCCUGUCGCGCCACCGCCUCAUCCACAAGAAAGGAAAAGGAAUCCCCAAGGACGUCGCCCUCGGCCCCAACGUGGCCGCUCUGCGCCACUCGCUGAAGGCGAGCGGCAAGAACAAGAAGACCAAGAGGCAGCAGCAGAGGCAGCAGCAGCAGCAGCAGCAGCAGCAGCAGCAGCAUAUGGCGGCCGCCAUCAUUCAGAGUCAGGGCGGCGAUAAGUUCUACGCCUGUCCGCAGUGCGACAUGAGCUUCAGGACGUCCACACAGCUGUCUAAACACCAGGUGACCCAUGUCAAGGAGCUGCUGGACAACUACACGCCUGGCAAGGAGAACCUGGGCGAGACCUCGUCCGACCUCAAGAUCCGCCUCAAGCUCUGCUCCCGCGACAAGCCCAACUUCUACACCCUCUGUAAGAAGAACCGUCGCCGCCGGGGGGGCCGGGCCGGUAAACGAGGCCCUGCCACCUCUGAGGAGGAGGAGGGGGGAGGAGGAGACGGAGGAGUGGGAGGAGUAGGUGGAGUAGGAGCCGGUCGCCACGGCUGCAGCCAGUGUGGGAAGCGGUUUAGCCACGCCUCCAGCCUGGCGCGGCACCAGCAGACCCAUAGGGUGGGGGACGGUGGCGGGCGGGGAAAGGUGCAGCAGCACCAGAAGCAGCUUCUCGCCAAGACCGGACUCCCCGCCGCCAAGACCAAGACCUACACCUGUGCGGCCUGCAACAAGACCUUCAUGCACUCAUCCAGCUUCUCUCGCCACAAGAAGGCGCACAUGGAGGAGGAGCAGCGGGCUCGCGCCGCUGCCGCCAAACGCCGGAAGAGACCUAUCUUAGACGAGACCGCCCCGCUGGAGUCCGACUCCGAGUGA